CAUAUGGUGCCAAUUUUUUAGGUUAUCCGUUUUGACGUUUUGUUUCAAGAUUCCGUCAUUCCGAUUUGAGUGUCCUCGGGCGCAUAGAUUCGCGUGCCCGGUGCUUCAGCUUGGACUCAUCUCCUUUUGCGUGCGUUGCUGAUUACUUCAUUUCGACAAACCAUUUCAUUCCAACAAGCUCGGCGUUCUCCGAUUCUUAUUGACCAAGGCAACCAUGAACCGACGCUCAUCGGAAAAUCAAGAUGAUAUAGACAAAGGUAAAAGGAGUUCAUAUUUUGAUUUGCCACCGUUGGAUGUUUCCAUUGCAUUCCCUCAGGCUACUCCUGCAUCCAUCUUUCCUCCUUGUGCUUCAGAUUAUUAUAACUUUGAUGAUCUAUUAACUCCUGAAGAGCAGUCUAUCAGGAUGAAAGUAAGAGCAUGCAUGGAAAAAGAAGUAGCCCCUGUAAUGGCAGAGUAUUGGGAGAAGGCAAAGUUCCCUUUUCAUGUUCUUCCAAAGCUUGGUGCCUUGGAUAUUGUUGGUGGUACAAUCAAGGGUUAUGGUUGUCCUGGUAUCUCCAUUACUGCAUACGUUGUUGCUGUUGCUGAAGUUGCUAGAGUUGAUGCAAGUUGUUCUACUUUUAUUCUGGUUCAUUCAUCUCUAGCAAUGCUCACUAUUGCACUUUGUGGUUCAGAGGUGCAGAAACAGAAAUACCUACCGUCUUUGGCCCAAUUACGUACUGUAGCUUGUUGGGCUUUAACUGAGCCUGGCUAUGGAAGUGAUGCAAGUUCUUUGGAAACAACCGCAACAAAGGUGGAAGGAGGAUGGAUACUUGAGGGACAGAAGCGCUGGAUAGGGAACAGCACCUUUGCAGAUGUAUUGGUUAUAUUUGCUAGGAAUACCACCACAAAUCAGAUAAACGGAUUUAUAGUGAAGAAAGAUGCCCCUGGAUUAACAGCAACAAAAAUAGAAAAUAAAAUCGGUCUCCGGAUUGUACAAAAUGGAGAUAUUCUUUUGAAAAAAGUUUUUGUCGCCGAUGAGGACAGGUUACCUGGUGUCAAUUCAUUUCAGGAUACGAGCAAGGUUCUGGCAGCUUCUCGUUUAACGGUUGUUUGGCAACCCGUUGGUAUAUCAAUGGGUGUCUAUGACAUGUGUUACAGGUAUCUGAAGGAGAGGAAACAGUUUGGAGCCCCAUUGGCAGCUUUUCAGAUCAACCAACAGAAACUUGUUCAAAUGCUUGGUAAUAUUCAAGCAAUGAUCCUCAUUGGUUGGCGCCUUUGUAAGUUGUAUGAGGUCGGCAAAAUGACACCAGGGCGUGUCAGCUUGGGAAAAUCAUGGAUCAGCUUGAAGGCAAGGGAAACCGUUGCUCUUGGGCGAGAGUUACUUGGUGGCAAUGGAAUUUUGACUGAUUUCCUCGUCGCAAAGGCAUUUGGUGAUUUGGAACCCAUCCACACAUAUGAAGGCACCUAUGAAAUCAACACCUUGGUAACGGGAAGAGAAAUCACUGGUUUUGCUAGUUUCAAGCCACCUCCAUUGAGCAAGCAGAGCCGCCUGUGAGACAGCGUAAAGUUGUAAGCCUUCUUGCCUCCCAUAAGAGAGUUACAGGAGAUACUCUUUUCAAAAUAUAAUUCUUGCAUAUAUUGUUUAGUAUGGUAUGUAUCACUCACUAUGGAUCUGUAGUUGUCAUUCUUGGGAGCAAGAGCAAUAAAUGACAUGAAACUUUAUUCUUAAAAUAAAUGUUAACUUAGUUGGCGGAAUGACAAAGUAAUUAAACUUAA